AUCAGUUCUCCACACUGACUGAUGACGAGGUGUCCGUGUUAUUCUGUUUUCUGUGUUCUGACCCCGGUCCUCCUGACUUCUCUGACACAGAGUGGCUGGACAGGCUUAAUCAGAUACGACAGGAAGGGUACCGUUAUAGGAAUCCUGUAACACGUGAGGAAGCACAGCAGACUCUGGACAGCCUGAAGUCACGUGAUUAUCUUUGGGAAGAUCAGGACAAGAUAACGGAGGACACAAGAGAUGAGACAAUGUAUAGGAUAGCAUCAAUAAACCGUGUUAUAUCAUUCUGUUACAGUAGUUAUAACACAGCCAGUGUGUACCUGAGAUCAGACAGAUACAACAGAGAACCUGGAGAGAAGUGUGUCUGUGGUCGUGGCUGGGAUGACUUACUGAUACGCCGUCUACAGAUGAACAUACUGACUCACGUCACUAUGGAGGACACGAAUAUAUAUGAGCUGUUAGUCCUGUUUUUAAACAUACCGUACAACGAAAUAAGGGGAACUCGAAAUGAACGGACGCAGUUAUUGAUAACCUUAAAAGAACAAGGGGAGGCUGUUUAUUACAGAGGAAGAUCACAGGACAGUGUAGAUCACGUGACGUGGCUCUGGAGAUACGGGGGAUACAGUAGACCUGACAUCGUGAGAUCCUGUAUAGGUCUACAUUUGGACAUUUACAUCAUCGACAACAAAGCUUACAGAAAACCAAGCAAGUAUCAGGAAUAUCCAGAAGUCGACAAAAGUAUUCUCUACAGUUUACUGUUGUGUGACAAGUACACUGCUACUGUAAAUGGAAAGUUGUUCAAGUCAAUAUUGAUAAAAAUACGAGAACGGUAUAACCAAAGGAUUUCUCCGUCUGAUGAUGUUGAUGUGACAUCCCUUCAAGAUGAUGUUAUGGAAACCCAGAAUGGUGAGGUUACGUUUGUAUCAGACGACAUCCGACAUGACGUCAUGUACACCUUAGUUACGGAGUGUCUGGUGGAGGACAGUGAUCUGGAGUUUUUCCUGACCACGGCGUCACGUGACGUGAUAUCAGAAUACUGCCGGUCCUGGGAUUAUAAGAGGAGUGAGGGAGAGAGAUGUCUGUAUGUACCGUACAGACCGAAGACGAUGUACGAGCUCUUUAUAAACAAACUACAGCUGGACAUCAUCACACACUGUACCGUGUCUGACAGUAGGAUUCAUUCCAGUAUCAGUAAACGUUUGGGAGUUCCAAAAGAAAUACUGUCGUGGGACCAGGAGGCCAGAGAGCGGUAUGUGGAGUACGCUAAGAGAGGAACACAGACAGUCCACCACGCCCGGGGGAUGAUUGUAGGAUGUGCUGGGGCGGGCAAAACCACGCUUCUUAAACGGCUGCUUGGUUGUAGUGAAGAAGAGAUCAAGAAAAUAAAAUCUACUGAGGGAUUGGAGGUCCAUGAGGAAAUAUUUAACAUAUGCGAUGAAACAAAUUCAUUGAAAGCAAGGAAAAGCCAGGAGAAUUUUGAGACAGAAAAUACUACAAAUGUUGACACAAAGACUCUGACAUUCUUUGACUUUGGAGGACAAUGUGCGUACUAUGCCUGUCACCAGAUUUACCUGACCAGGAGAGCUUUCUAUGUUGUGGUUGUGGACGCCUCUAAACCUCUUGACCAGAAGGUGGAUAAGAAAGUGUGUGAUCAAGAUGGAAGUGUAUUCGCUGGAUGGACCUAUGGAGACUACUUUGUGUUCUGGAUAAAGUCUAUACAUACCUACUGUGGUUCUGACAAUGACAAAGAUACAAAACCUGUAGUUCUAAUUGUUGCAACACAUUGGGAAGAAGGAAUAAGACAGUUUAGGGAUAAAAAGGAACUGAUUGAGAGCUUGCGUCAUCAGUUUCCAGAGUCAUCAUAUUUACCACAGUACAUCACUGACGAAAACGUUUAUUGCACCGACGUUACUUUACCUCUCCAUGAUUUAGAAAUGUGCUUCUUCAACUUAGCUUCCAAUGAACGAUGGAGCGAGAACAUUCCAAAAGAAUGGUCUUUCUUUGGAUUAGAAAUUAACCAGAAAAAACACUCAAAGCGGAUCUUGAAGAUUUCAAAAAUAACAACAAAAGUACAUGUACCAGAGAUUACUACUAAGGAACAUGAUGAUUCAGAUGGAGCUGAAAAGGGAACAGGAGAUAUGCUGCGGUAUUAUCAUGAUGCCGGAAAAGCUUUAUAUUUUAAUGAAAAUGGUCUGGAGGAAGAGGUAAUUAUAGACGUCCAGUGGUUCAUUGACGCCUUCAAACAUAUUAUCACAGACAAGCUUCAUUUCAAAGGUAUUCCUGUCACCCAGAGGGACUGGGAUGAAUAUUACGAAACUGGAAAUUUGCGAGAUCGGCUUCUGAUAGAGAUUUGGAAACAUAAAGAUGAUGAGUUGUUUAAAAGGCUUAAGAAAGAAGACGAAGAUUAUAACAUUAAAGAUGGAUCAUAUAAGAAAGAUAAACGAUAUCUGCAAUGUCAUAAAAUGUCGAUUGUUUAUUCUAUGCAACGACUCGGUUUGUUGGCCGUUGGUUCAGAAUCUCACUACGUUCCGUGCAUGAAUCGUAAAGAAAUAGAAAAAGAACUUUUAGAUAUCAUCAAGAAAUCUGAGAGAAAAUCAUCUGUUCUUGUUUACCAAUUUGAAUUUCUACCAUUUUUCUUGUUUUACCGUCUUGUUAUUGCUUGUAUGCAAGAAGAUAGUUGGAAUGUACUACAAAAUCAUGGAACAUCUUGCCUUUACAAAAACGCCGCUUUGUUUUUGUGUAAGGAAACCAACUUCCUUUUGUCCGUCACAGAAGAGUCAAUACAGCUUCAAGUAUUCUGUCUGAUGCCUGAAUGUGAUUUGGAAAAGGCAAAAACGUGCAAAAUUCAAGAAAGAAUUGAAGACCUGUUAAAAAAUUUAGCAGGAACAUUUCAUAGAAAAGUACAGUACGUAAGAGGUUUCAGAUGUCGAAUAGACAAAGAAAAAUUGAUUGCUUUCGAUAUCAAAGGACAUUUCUUACCAGAAAAAAAUUACAUUCCAAAAGAAGACUGUAAAAUGAUGUGCCCGUUGCAUACAAUUUCAGAUCCGCAUGUCAUUGAUACGGCUGAGUUUACUAGAUAUUGGAAAUUGCAAUGA